CCUCCCAGGCCAAUUUCUGCCGGGAGAUCAGAACCUGUGUGGUCCAGACUCUGGAGCUAGCGCUAGGCAGCGGGGGACCUGCAGGCAUCCGAAGUGGGCGAGAUUUCAAGAUGCUCCGAGUACAGCGGCCGAGGCUGGGCAAUCUGAGAGCCAGCCUCUCCAGAAGUCUCCACCGUAAGCCGGUGAUGGCACUCCGGCGCGAGGAUGUGAACGCCUGGGAGCGGAGGGCACCUCUGGCUCCCAGGCACAUCAAAGGCAUCACCAAUCUGGGAUACAAGGUCUUGAUACAGCCUUCCAAUCGACGGGCCAUCCACGACAAGGAAUAUGUCAAAGCUGGUGGCAUUCUUCAAGAAGAUAUUUCAGAAGCUUGUCUAAUUUUGGGAGUAAAAAGGCCUCCAGAGGAAAAACUAAUGUCCAAGAAGACGUAUGCAUUCUUCUCCCACACAAUAAAAGCUCAGGAAGCCAAUAUGAGCUUGUUGGAUGAGGUCCUGAAACAGGAAAUCCGACUUAUUGAUUAUGAGAAAAUGGUGGAUCACAGAGGGUUUCGCAUAGUGGCAUUUGGACAGUGGGCAGGUGUGGCAGGGAUGAUCAACAUUCUACAUGGAAUGGGUUUAAGGCUCCUUGCUUUGGGACAUCACACACCUUUUAUGCAUCUUGGCAUGGCUCACAACUAUAGGAAUAGCAGUCAGGCUGUGCAAGCUGUUCGUGAUGCUGGCUAUGAAAUAUCUCUGGGUUUAAUGCCAAAGUCAAUAGGACCCUUAACAUUUGUAUUCACGGGGACUGGUAAUGUAUCAAAGGGAGCCCAAGAAGUCUUUAAUGAACUACCCUGUGAGUAUGUGGAGCCCCAUGAAUUAAAAGAAGUUUCCAAAACUGGAGACCUCAGGAAAGUGUACGGGACAGUGUUAAGUCGCCAUCAUCAUCUUGUCAGGAAAACAGAUGGUGUGUAUGAUCCUGUAGAAUAUGAGAAAUAUCCCGAGCGCUACAUAAGUCGUUUUAAUACUGAUAUUGCACCCUAUACAACUUGUUUAAUUAAUGGAAUCUACUGGGAACAAAAUACCCCUCGUCUGCUAACGCGCCACGAUGCUCAAAGUCUCCUGGCCCCGGUCAAGUCCUCAGUUGUUCCGGUUGAAGGCUGCCCCGAAUUACCACACAAACUUGUGGCAAUAUGUGACAUUUCAGCAGACACAGGAGGGUCUAUAGAUUUUAUGACUGAAUGUACUACGAUAGAGCAUCCCUUCUGCAUGUACGAUGCAGACCAGCAUAUUAUUCAUGAUAGUGUUGAAGGCUCUGGGAUUCUGAUGUGUUCCAUUGACAAUUUGCCAGCACAGCUUCCAAUUGAAGCUACAGAAUACUUUGGAGACAUGCUUUACCCUUACGUGGAAGAAAUGUUGUUAUCAGAUGCUUCACAACCUCUGGAAAGUCAGAACUUCUCUCCGGUGGUGAGAGAUGCAGUGAUUACGUCCAAUGGUAUUUUAACCGAUAAAUUCAAAUACAUCCAGAAACUCCGAGAAAGCAGAGAACGUGUACAAUCACUUUCAAUGAGUACCAAGAAGAAAGUUUUGGUUCUUGGGUCUGGCUAUGUAUCUGGACCUGUUUUAGAAUAUCUGUCAAGAGACCACAAUAUAGAAAUAACAGUAGGCUCUGACAUGAUGAAUCAAAUCCAACAGUUAAGCAAGAAGUAUAAUAUCAACCCUGUCAGCAUGACCAUUGGUACACAAGAAGAGAAGCUGGGGUCCUUGGUGGCAUCGCAGGACCUUGUCAUCAGCUUGUUGCCUUAUGUGUUGCAUCCUGUUGUGGCCAAGACAUGCAUUGCAAACAAAGUUAACAUGGUCACUGCAAGCUACAUCACACCGGCGCUGAAGGAAUUAGAAAAGAGUGUGGAAGAUGCUGGCAUCACAGUCAUUGGUGAAUUAGGAUUAGACCCCGGUCUUGAUCACAUGUUGGCAAUGGACACAAUUGAUAAGGCAAAAGAAACAGGAGCCACAAUCGAGUCUUACAUUUCCUACUGUGGCGGGCUUCCAGCCCCUGAACAUUCAGACAAUCCUUUGCGAUAUAAAUUCAGCUGGAGUCCAGUGGGAGUCUUGAUGAACAUAAUGCAGCCUGCCACCUAUUUGCUCAAUGGAAAGGUUGUGAAUGUGGCAGGGGGCAUCUCCUUUCUCGAUGCAGUCACGUCCAUGGACUACUUCCCAGGCCUGAACUUGGAAGGCUAUCCUAACAGAGACAGUACCAGAUACGCUGAGAUUUAUGGGAUUCCAUCUGCCCACACUUUGUUGCGGGGGACAUUGAGAUACAAGGGAUAUUCCAAAGCUUUGAAUGGAUUUGUAAAACUGGGUCUUAUCAACAGAGAAGCAUACCCUGCCCUUCGACCAGAGGCCAAUCCUCUCACCUGGAAACAACUCCUCUGUGACCUAGUUGGUAUUUCCCGCUCUUCUUCAUGUGAUACGCUUAAGGAAGUUGCCCUUAUAAAGUUGGGCGGGGACAGUACCCAGCUGGAGGCUGCUGAAUGGCUGGGCUUACUUGGGGAUGAGCAAGUCCCUCAGGCAGAGUCCAUUGUGGAUGCACUCUCUAAGCACUUAGCAUCAAAACUUUCCUAUGGUCCUAAAGAAAAAGAUAUGAUUGUGAUGAGAGACAGCUUUGGAAUCAGACAUUCUUCUGGGCAUUUAGAAAAUAAAACCAUCGAUCUCGUAGUUUAUGGAGACCACAAUGGUUUCUCAGCGAUGGCUAAAACUGUGGGGCUGCCCACAGCCAUGGCAGCCAAAAUGUUGCUUGAUGGUGAAAUUGAAACCAAAGGCCUAAUGGGGCCAUUUAUGAAGGAGAUCUAUGGACCAAUAUUGGAGCGAAUAAAAGCAGAAGGCAUUGUAUAUACUACACAAAGCACAAUUACACUAUAAAUGUGAAUUAUAUUUGCUUUUGUCUGUCUACCCAGGCAACUUAAAUAUCAAUCUGUGGAUGGGAAACAUACUUACUAAUCUGAUACUUUGUAAAGCAUAAAGCAUGAUAUGUUUUGAGUACGUAAGUGAAUGGUGUUUUUGAAAUAUAAAUCUCUAUUUUAAUAAAACUUUUGGAGUAGGGGAUACCAGUCAUUACCAGGGAACUUUAAUAAGUCUGCCAUGUAUUUUUUCGUAUGUAUGUAAAAGUGACAAUGAAUCAUGCGUUUAUUAAUUUA